GAGAUCGGGAUCGGGAAACGAACUACAGUGAAACUUCCUUUCAAGAGCUGGAUGUCUUGACCGGUCGUUUGGUCGAGAUACAUCGUUUCAGAUAAACCAUGAGUCUAAAUUUUAGUAGAUCAGCUCUCAGAUGCUUAAAGGGAAGGCAUUAUGGAACUUUGGCACCACUUGCCCGUGCAGAAAACUUGAAACUGACAACUUUAGGAAAUAAAAUCAAUGUAACAUCUGUAGACAACAUCAACACCAAUUCCUCCAUCGGGCAGGUGUCCAUCUUUCUGAAAGCUGGGUCUCGAUAUGAGUCUCCAUACCAGCUCGGAGUUACACAUUACCUCAGAGCAACUUCCCUCAGUAACACAAUGCCUUUCUCUGGGUUUAAACUUGUUAAAAAUAUUGAUGAAGCAGGAGGCAACUUGAGUAUUCAAACCACACGGGAACACAUGAUCUAUACAGUGGAGGGCCCAUCCUCACAGCUAGAGAGUUUUGUGAAGUACCUGGGAGCCAUUUUGACAAAGCCAACUUUUGAGAAAUGGCACAUGGAGCCGUGUGAAUGGCGCAUCCAUGAGGAUCUAGCCCAGUACAAAGCCAAUAACGACCAGAUGGCUUUUGAGGAUCUGCACCGUGCUGCUUACCGGUACAACCUCGGGAACUCGGUGUACUGUCCAGACUCCAUGGUGGGAAGUGUGGAUGCUGAUAUGAUGAGGUAUUUCAUGAUUGACCACUUCCGAGGGGAGGAUAUGAUGGUAGUCGGUACUGGUGUUAACCAGGGACUUCUGGAAAAAUAUUGUGAACCUAUGGAAACGCUUGACCAAAAUUAUGAAGAAGUACUAGACCUGUUACAAAACCCACAAGGACGUGUCUCAUUUGAUUAUGGGGAAACAGACGUUGCCAUCACUGUCCCUGAUAAGAAUGAGGUGGAGAUCGUAGACAUGGAUGACAUUUUCAAAAUCCCACGUUUACCUGCCAAAUAUUAUGGAGGUGAACUUCGAACAAGAACAAAGACCCCAGAUGCUACUUUCAUUUUUGCAAAGGAAGGUGUUAGCUACAACAAUGAGAAAGAUGUUUUGACAUCGGGAAUUCUCCAGAUGAUCUUGGGAACAGGAAUCCAAGUCAAAUACGGCUCAGGUGGAGGCAGCAACAAACUUAGCACCGCUGUGGCUGAGGCUAGCAACAAAAAGUGUUCGGCCUCAUCCUUCAACAUAAACUACAGUGACUCCGGAUUAUUUGGAUAUUCCGUCAGAGGAUCAGGAAUGGACAUGAGAAAUGCAGUAGAAACAGCCAACAAAGUUUUCACUCAGACAGUCAAAGACGUCACAGCCAAGGAUGUAGAGAAUGCUAAAAAUAAAUUAAAAUCAGCCUAUGCUUUUUACGCUGAGAAGGAUGCUAACCUGAUUUUUGAAGUAGGAGCAAAGGGAAAAGCAUUGGACACUAAUGCUGUUUUCAAAUCAAUUGACAAGAUCAGUCAGCAAGAUGUUGUCAAGUUUGCAGAUAAAGUGAGAACCUCCCCCUCCACUGCUUCAGCGGUUGGAAACAUAAUGAAUACCCCUGUGUUACAAGAACUUGAGUGAUAGGUGUGAUAUCAGGAACUCGUAGGGACAUCUGGACACUUUGAGGUUCACUAAAUAAGUGAUUAAUCUGUAUUGUUUUCUCUUGAAGUCAUGAAAAAUAAAUUAUUUUAUGAAA